CAUACCAUAAAGUUCAUAAGUUUAGAAUGUACAAUUUAGUGGUUUUAGUAUAUUCACAAGAUUGUGCAGCCAUCUGUACUAUCAGAACAUUUCUCAUCACUUCAGAAAGAAAUCUUUUAGCAAUCAUUCCUCAUCUACCAUCCUGUCAUCUCCCUCCACCUCCCCAUCUCUUGGCAUCAGCUAAUCUACUUUCCAUCUCUGUGGAAUUACCUAUUCUGGACAUUUUGUUACAAUUUUUUUUUUUUAAUUUGACAGGUAGAGUUAUAGACAGAGAGAUGGAGAGAAAGGUCUUCCUUCCGUUGGUUCACUCCCCAAAUGGCCGCCACGGCCGGCGUUGUGUCGGAGCCAGGUGCUUCUUCCUGGUCUCCCAUGCGGGUGCGGGGGCACAAGCACCUGGGCCAUCCUCCACUGCCCUCGUUGGCCACAGCAGAGAGCUAGACUGGAAGAGGAGCAACCGGGACUAGAACCUGGACACCAUAUGGGAUGCCAUCGCCGCAGGUGGAGGAUUAACCAAGUGAGCCACGGCGCCGGCCCCAUAUUCUGGACAUUUUGUAUGAAUGGAAUCAUAAAAUAUGUGGCACUUUUUUUGUCUAUUUGAGAGACAGUUUCCAUCUGCUAGUUUACUCUCCAACUGCCUGCCACAGUUGGUACUAGGCCAGGCUGAAGCUGGGAGCCAGGAACUCAAUCUGGGUCUCCCAUGUGAGUGACAGAGCCGCAAUUACUUGAGCCUUGCUGCCUUGCAGGGUUUGUACUUGCAGGAAGCUGGAAUUGGGAGCAGGUCUGGGACUUGAACCCUGGCACUCUGAUGUGGGAUGCAGUCUUAACUGCUAGGUCCAAGGGCCUCAUAUGUGGCCUUUUAUGUCUGACUUCGUCACUUUGCACAUGACUUUUAAGGUGCUUCCAUGUUGUACAGUGUAAUAACAGUUUAUCCCAUUGUCUGCUACAUGGAUAUUAUAUACUUGUAGAUAUACUUCAUUUUGUUCAUCAGUUUUUGGACAUUUGUAUCAUUUCUAUUUUUUGACUUACAAAUAAUACUGCUGUGAACAUUUGUGUGCAAGGUUUUGUAGGAACAUAAAUUUAUCUUGGAGAUACAUAUAAGUAGAGUUUCUGGGUCUUACAGUAACUGUUUAACCUUCAAGGUGGCUUAGGUUUAAGAGCCGAGUUGGCAAACUCUCCAACCCCUCCACACCUCUCAUUUCUACAUGCCCAUGGACAGCUUACCUGGCCUGGAUGUUUGGAUCAGCAGAGCAGACACACCUAGAUCACUGUAUUAUAGAGUCCUGGAUGGAGAGGGAAGAAAAAAACUAAAUAUCUGGUGUUCAGGUCUAUGGUUCAGUUAGCUGUACCCACUAACCAUGUUCUCUAUUUGGAGGGAGUAGGCUAAAAGGCCAGAAGUUUUAGAGAAGUCAUUCCUCAGAGAAAUCAAGAGUUAGAAGUAUUCUGCUCUAAUAAAAGGAAAGAUUAGGCUAGAAAUCUAAAAGUUAUUCUUAGAAGAACAGGCUUUAUCAAGAUAGGAAGUAUAUAAAGCAAAUUCAGUUUUAGACAUGGUAAGUUUGGGAUUUCUAGGAGGGAAUAUUAGAUAUUUAUGUUUGGAGAUCAGGAGAUUGGUCCCUGCCUGAGAUGAAGGUUUGAGAUUCAUCUGUGUACAGGCAAUUAAAAUAUAAGACUUGAAAAAUCAAGCCAGUGAUGGGCCAGGCCAAUGCCAUGAGCCAGGAUCUCCAUCUAAGACUUCUGUUUGGGUGGCAAGAACUCAAGUAUUUGGGCCCAUCACCUGCUGCCUCCCAGCAGCAUUAGCAGGAAGGUGGAUUGAAAGCAUAGAGUAGCUGAUAUUUGAAUCAGGCACUCAGAUUUGGGAUGCUGACAUUCCAAGUGGCGGUCUAACCUACACCACAAUGCCAGCCUCUGCCUUUUAUGAUUUUUUUUUUUUGUUCUGAAUUCUUUUAUUUUGGGAUCUUACCUGUGGGAAUUUUCUGGGCCUACAUCAAAAGUGAAUUCUCUCAGACUUCACAUUUGUUUUUGUAAAAAUGGGUGGGGGACACUCUCAUUCUGCAAUUAUCCUAAGCAAAAUUUUAGUUCUGAAGCUUUUAAAAUCAUAAUCUGUAGAAGGGGUCAGUUUCUGGUUGUACAGUAGCAGGGAGACACUGCUGUACUGCUACUAUAGCUUCCCAUUACCUCUUUAGCCCUGAGUGCUAAGAUCAAUAAAGAGCAAUUUUCUAUAUAAUUCUCUUGUUUAAGAUCUCUUGUGUGAGACCUGAACCCUUCUUACACCUUAGACUUCAGUAUUCUGUAUACCUAAUUUCCCUCCUUUGACUUAGUUUUUGGUCUCUGAUCAUACCUUAUUUUCUGUCAGAUUUUUGUUCAUUUACAAUUAAAAACAUUUUACACAGCAUUUUAGUUGCUUUCAGUGGAUAUGAUAAUCAAGGCAUCUCUGCUGAAAUUCUAGAAGAGGUAGAGUGUCUUUUUCUUUGGUGUCUGCAGGGACAACUAGACAUGGAAUUCAUUCAGCCUCUAAAGGUUAUAAACCUAAAAUGAAAUUAGUGGUUUGUUUGGUGCACAUAGUAUUUGUUUAGAAAAUAAAACCAACACAUUUCAAAAUACAAUUUUAGGUAUCUUUGUUUCACUUGAAUAAUUGGAAAUUUUUACAGUGCUGGGAUUAUAACCUUUGGCUAGAAUUGGAAGUAGCAACUGAUGUCUUCAGACUCAACAUGUUCUUAGUUGCUCAGUCUGCAUGUGUGCACUACAUGCAUCUGUAUACACCUAAACUUAUUCUCAUUUAUUUUACUUACAGACAUUUGUGGAUCAGCCUUGUGGCUAAUGAAAAUAUUUAUACUAUGCCAUGUGCCAGAUUCUCUUUGUGGCCAGAUGGGUUUGUAUGGACAGGCUUGUCCAUCUGUAACUUCAUUAAGGAUGACAUCUGAACUGGAGAGCAGCCUAACAUCUAUGGACUGGUUACCACAGCUCACCAUGAGAGCAGCCAUCCAAAAAUCUGAUGCUACCCAAAAUGCUCAUGGAACAGGAAUUUCUAAGAAGAAUGCACUCCUUGACCCAAAUACAACUCUGGACCAGGAAGAAGUCCAACAGCACAAAGAUGGGAAACCUCCAUACAGUUAUGCCAGCCUCAUUACAUUUGCAAUUAAUAGCUCACCCAAGAAGAAGAUGACUUUAAGUGAGAUUUACCAGUGGAUUUGUGAUAACUUCCCAUAUUAUAGAGAGGCUGGCAGUGGUUGGAAGAAUUCCAUAAGACAUAAUCUGUCACUGAACAAGUGUUUCCUUAAAGUGCCUCGAUCCAAGGAUGACCCUGGAAAGGGGUCCUAUUGGGCGAUCGACACCAAUCCAAAAGAAGAUGCGUUGCCUACUCGGCCAAAGAAGAGGGCACGAUCUGUAGAACGGGCCUCAACUCCAUAUAGCAUAGAUUCAGAUUCUUUGGGAAUGGAGUGUAUUAUUUCGGGAAGUGCCUCUCCAACUCUGGCAAUCAACACUGUGACUAACAAAGUGACAUUGUACAACGCUGAUCAGGAUGGUAGUGAUAGCCCACGAAGUAGCCUUAACAACAGUCUCUCAGACCAGAGUUUGGCAUCUGUUAAUUUGAACAGUGUUGGAAGUGUGCAUAGUUAUACACCGGUGACAAACCAUCCAGAACCAGUGUCACAGUCAUUAACUCCUCAGCAGCAGCCACAGUACAACCUUCCAGAGCGAGACAAGCAGCUACUUUUCUCAGAAUACAAUUUUGAAGAUCUCAGUGCCUCAUUUCGGAGCCUUUAUAAGUCAGUUUUUGAGCAGUCACUUAGUCAACAAGGUUUGAUGAACAUCCCUUCUGAAUCUUCCCAGCCGUCCCACACUUCGUGUUCCUAUCAGCACUCUCCUAGCAGUACAGUGAGCUCUCAUCCACACAGCAGCCAAAGCAGCCUGUCCAACAGUCAUGGCAGUGGCCUCAAUACCACGGGCAGUAAUUCAGUUGCACAAGUCUCGCUGUCCCACCCUCAGAUGCACACACAGCCGUCCCCACAUCCGCCUCACCGACCACAUGGUUUACCACAACAUCCGCAGCGUCCCCAGCACCCAGCUCCACAUUCGCAGCAGCACAGCCAGCUCCAGUCCCCCCAUCCCCAGCAUCCCUCUCCACACCAACACAUUCAGCACCAUCCGAACCAUCAGCACCAGACGUUAACACAUCAGGCACCCCCACCUCCACAACAGGUAUCCUGUAAUUCUGGUGUUUCAAAUGAUUGGUAUGCAACACUUGAUAUGCUAAAAGAAAGUUGUCGAAUUGCCAGCAGUGUUAAUUGGUCAGACGUAGACCUUUCGCAGUUCCAAGGUCUGAUGGAGAGUAUGAGACAGGCAGAUCUCAAGAACUGGUCUUUAGAUCAGGUUCAAUUUGCUGAUCUCUGUUCUUCUCUUAAUCAGUUCUUUACACAAACUGGCCUUAUCCACUCACAAAGUAAUGUUCAGCAAAAUGUUUGUCAUGGUGCCAUGCAUCCAGCAAAACCUUCCCAACAUAUUGGAACAGGAAAUUUGUACAUAGACUCUAGGCAAAAUCUCCCUCCUUCAGUGAUGCCACCCCCUGGUUAUCCUCAUAUCCCACAGGCGCUAAGCACUCCAGGAACAACGAUGGCAGGUCAUCACGGAGCCAUGAACCAGCAGCACAUGAUACCUUCCCAAGCCUUCCAGAUGCGGCGCUCGCUGCCUCCAGAUGACAUCCAGGAUGACUUUGAUUGGGAUUCAAUUGUGUAGGGCUUGUUUCUGUAAGACCCCAGACGCCAACAUCACCUUUCUGUGCAGUGAAGGGAAAGGUCUAAGGGAAUCCAAUUGAGAAAACAGAGUUGCUAAUCACUUUACCAAUGUUACCAUAAUUUCUUUUGAAGACAAUCAGAAAGAUUUUAGCUGGAUAACUUACUGCUUUUAUCUGACCCAAACAAGUACUACAUGUUUGUCUCCCUGCCAGCUGCCCCAUGUAGCUCCUAACUGUUGUGUGAUUUGGACAGCUUUUUGCAUAUUUGUGUCAGUUUGAUGUUAACCACAAGUGCCAGACUGAUUUUUCAGACAGAGCCUGUUUUGCUGCAAGCAGUUUAUAGAUACAUAUGUGUAAAUGUAUGUGCAAAAAUGACAGAAAGGCUUCACUUUUUUCCUAAUUGGACUGUGUCUUGGAAAGAAAGUUACUGUCAGUUUUUAUUCCUUGUCAGUCUAUUUCCUACAAGACGGUUAUAACUGAUGUAUGGAACUAGAUUUUUCCAAAGUCCAGUUUCCUCUUAAUCUUUUUCAGAAAUGUGGGAAAUGAAUUCUACCCAGUAAGUCAAGGAACCCAGAGUUUAGUGCUCUCCAGACAAUCCAGAGGGGCAUGUUCUUCCUGAGCAGCGUCAAGGACUGACCAAAUUUGUUUUGAGGCUUGGGGAUUAUCCAGUAUAUGUUGUUCCUUGUCUGUCUGUUUUCCUAAAUCUUUAUUAUAACAGCUCUAAAAUUUGAUCAAUUAGAAGCUGGGCAUUGCUUGCUUUUUUCAGCAAACCAAUGCCUUCACAUUCACUUAUGUAUUUAUUAUUCAAAAGUAUUAUUAUAAUAUUUAUUGCUACCUUCUGUGAAUGCUCAGUUCCUCUUGGGUUUGUUAAGGAAGAAUGUGGUAUCCAGAAGUGCAGAUAGUUUUUCUUGAUAGAGUUUACAGACAAGACAAUCAGAGGGACAUUGUGUCAUUCUCUUUAUCAUAACUUCUUUUACCACGUGAGUAUAUUUCUCUGUGUGAGCAUUCUUGCUGAUUGAGACUUAGUAGCUAACUAGGGUGUUUUCUGGAAUUUGAAUCAAGAGACCAUUUGGGUCACAGAACAGCAAGGCAGUGUUUUUAAAGCAAAUUUCCCCCGUUUAAUCUUGUUCUACUAAGGUAGGACUGGAAAGGAGGAUAGGACUACACAUAGGUUUUGUUUGCCUCAGUCAUUAAGUGGCCUGCUGGUUCUGUUGUCCUGGGUGUCUGGAUGCAUGACACUUGGUCACUUUCUUUGAAAUGUAGCCCACCUCUUAGGGGUCUGUAUUAGUUUCAUGUCAUAUCAGUUAUGUUGCAUGGAUUGAUUGUAUUAGCUUUAUAAUAAUAAAACUAGAGGAAAUGAUUUUCUUUUCCUGAUUAUAUAUUGAAUUGAUUAUUUAGACCAAAUUUUUUUUAUUCUAAUGGAGAAACAUGUUCCAUCAAAUCAAAGAGUAAUAACUGCUUACUGGUUGCUUUUUAGCAUUGCUGCUCUCUAUCAGCCAUGCUAAAAUCAGUUUAAUUAGCCUUAGUGGUUCUAUGGUUGAGUAAUGUCUACUUGAACUAAGCAAACAUCUUUGUGUGUCUGUGUGUGUGUGUGUCUGUGUGUGUGUGAGAGAGAGAGAGAGAGAGAGAGAGAAUGUGUUUGUGAAUGUGUGUGUAUUUUUUUAAAAUGGAGUGUUGCCUUGAAUGAAUCACUGGGAAGCCAGCCAUGGUAAGGGCUGGUGAGGUUGAGGAGAAAGGAAGAGCUUUAUGUUUCUCUGUUAUUUGGACCCUGUUUGGCAUGAGAAAGGAGGUUCAGUUCCAGCCCCUUAGAUGAGUGAAGAUCAGUGGAUUCUGGAAAGGCAGCCAACAGGCCCCUCUUAGGAGGAUAUGAGGCAGGAUGAGAUGGCAGCCUGCGGAGUGAAAGCUUGAAAAAAAAAGGGGACAGUUUCCAGUAGUCUACUCAAGUCACUGUUUUCUAGACACCAGGAUCACAGUUUUGAAACUGUUUAAAAUUGCUUGAGUAGCAAUGUGCACUUUAAACAAUUUGGGUAAUGGAAUGCAGUCUUAAGCUGAAUAAUUUGAACUUUUGAGUAGAGCCACUGAUGAUGAUUUUACAAAUUGGGUGAAGCUAAUUUCCCAUUUGGCAAUCAUUUACUAAUUUUCAGUGAUAAAUAUUUUUAUGAAUAUUUAAACUUACCAAGAAUGGCCCUGGAAGCAAAGCCUUCACCUGGACCCAUUACACUAUCCUGUGAUCCACCUGACCUGGGAGCCCAGGACAGGCCUUCUCUGUGGGCGACAGCCAGCCUAGGCUACGUGGUGAGGUGCAGAGGUCCCUCUAGUGGCCAUUUCGGUUGGUAGUGGUUCGUGCAGAGCAAGUUCUGUUUGGGGCCUAAAUUGACUGAAGACCUGGGAAGAAGAAGAAUAAAUACGUGUAAUCAGAGGGGGCACUGUCCAGGAGAAUAAUCCGACUGGCAUUUGUGGCAGUUUUUGAAAUGUAAAUGUAUUCAUGGGUGUUCUUGUAAAUAAGUGUCGCUCAGAUGUCCUUUGAAGUGGGAGGGAAUCAAUCGGGGAUAAUUUGAAAUGGAAUAGAGUAUUUUGAUAUUGUUCAUUCAGAGGGUGAUGUGUAUAUAUCUAUAUUGUAUAUAUGUGAUGAAAAUGCAUUGGCUUUUUGUGCAAACACAACCUGCUCUCUGUACUGCUGUUGGACAGUCAGUGUUUUAAUGUUUCUACAGUUUUGCUAUUGCACGAUUUCAUAUUUUGCCUCUAUGAUGAACGGCACCCAUUCUUUGUAACUGUUCAGUGCUGUAAAGAAAUAUCCCAAGUGUCAUUAGGAUUGUUGCUGCCAGAACUGAUAUGCAUGAAUGGCACUUAAAAUAAAUAGAUUAUGUUAACUCUA